UAAAGCUGAAUGAAAUGCUAUGGUUGAUGAAAUGUAAAAAAAUGAAGCAUCAAUGAGAAAUGUUGGCUCCAAACUGAUGAUACAGAAAUAUAAACAGACAGAGGUGGUUUUGUUUUUAUACAGAGAUGGUUUUUAAAUGGCCAUCAGAAUGGAGGGAUUCAGAUGCCAUGUCUUAUUUCAUCUCGGAUUUUGCUUCUACAUCAGUGAGACCUUCUCGAAAGCUCAAUUUUUGGAGCAAUCUCAUCUGUGCAGUAUGUCAAUACCGCAAAACUCCAUUUGUUACAAUUAGUGAGCUAAAGCGAUGCCUUGCCUGGAGGGGAGUUCCACCUCAAUGCUUAGAAGGUGUUCUCGAGGAGAUGCAAAACAAACGGACAGUACUUAAACUUGAAAAGUUAACAGAAACCUGGUCAAGGUGGGGUUUUGGGGUUCUGGCCUCUCCUUUGACCUCUGUGUGGAGACGAAUAGUCCCUGAUACUUCUGAGCAGAAGUUUGUCGUAGUUUCUGUGUUAGAAGAGUGUCGAUCAAAGGUGAUAAACUCUGUGUACCACAAUGACGACCUCCUAUUCACAAUUCAAGAGUGGAAUAAUUUAAUGUUGACAUUCGUACAUCCCAGUAACUUGGAGAAUUUAAACAACUAUCUUGGUUUUCGCUGUGACAUUGUAAUGUACGGUGACCCUGUAUCAUUGGUCAAAGUGAGAGCUCCAGAUGAGAAAGUAGUCAGUUCAAUCUCACAAGUAGACAUAGCAAUUGGGAAAGCGAAAGCAACAAGAGAUGCUCUCUGUUCCCAGAUCAAGCAACUGAGUGGGAAAGUUAACGAUCUCCUGACUGCUGCCAGAAAGGCUAAAAAUAAAAAUGCAGCUCUGGCUCAUCUCCGACGUAAGAAGUUGUAUGAGAGAUCAAUAGCAAAAUGGGAAGGUGCACUCAACAACACAGAAUCACUUCUGCUCCAGCUAGAAGAAUCGCAGCACAACAAAACGAUCCUGUCAACCCUGAAAGUGGGUGCAGAAGCCCUCAAACAGAACAAAGUGUCCCUGAAUGAAGUUGACGACAUAAUGGAUCAGCUUGAUGAGUACAAGUCAUAUGAAGAUGACCUGAACUCUGCGAUGACAUCACUAGAUACCAACGUUGACUGUGACAUGAGUUUAUCAGAGGAGUUAGCUAACUUGCUAGCUGAUAACAGUGAGCCUCCCCCUAAGAAGCAGUCCCAGGACCGAGAGGUUAUAGACCUGACAUUAGAAGAAGAAGGAGACAUACCAGACAACACCAGACUCCAGGACAACAUGCUGUCCUCCGAGGAGCUAGCAGAGUUGUACUCUAUACAAGAAGAGCUUGAUAACGCACCAACCCCACCUGAGGAGUUUGAUGAAGUAGAGCACCCUGUCGAGAGAGAGGCCCCUCCAAAGGAGAUGUUAGCGAGGUUAUCUCCGGAGUUACGGAGAAAACCUGGGAGAAAACUGGUCGGGACAUUGAUGGAAUAGUUGUUAGGAUUUGAGAACAAGUGUCUUAUUAUAUAUGACCUGGUAUUGAUUAAUUUUGUUUGGAGGUGAGUUAAGUUCAUGGGGGAUACGCGUUUUUUAAAUUUCCAAAUUUUUGUUUAUAUUCUGAAUGGGUAGAUUUCAUGAUAUAUGAAUAAACCGUCCAGAUUUUAUUAUUUUAAUAACAGUAAAGAAUUAACCAGUUAUAAAUAUAAUUACAAUCGUAUAAUAUUACUAUCAUCCGGUUACAGUAAUCCUGAAGAAGCCUCGUUUUCCAGAUCCAUAGGUCACCAUGUAGACUCCAUCAUCUUUACAGGUCAGCAAUCCGGUUUCCUCUAUUCCUAAGAUACUGUGCUUGGUAUUAGGUCUGCCCAAACCCUUGAACACUCUGUGAACAUCAUUUCUGGUAGCCUCAUUAGCGUAACUUUAAAGUCCGUUUCUGAUUCAAGUCCUGGAAUACUGUCUCCUUCCGAAACCUUUUUCAAACGAAUAUCAGUUUUUUCGAGAGACUGCAAACUCCCGGUAGCAACACUGAAUUUGGAACUAUCUAGGGCCUCCCUGGGUCAACAAAUAUAUUUUUCACGAUGAUGAAUCGAAUAUCUUUAUCAGUUCUCGGUAGUCCGCAUCCUACGAAAUGAAACUAAUUUGGUAUGGUCCUGAUGGUGAGUGAUCUCCUGUCCCUGCCUUAAUUUCCCACUUAUCUUCCCAUCUUCCCCAUAUGUCACCACGUAGAUCCUCACAGGCCCUCAUUUUUGCUGAAAUUGGUCUGUCGCCAAUAAUUCAAAAAAGUUAAAACUCUGUGACAUAUGUUUCUUCGUAUAUAAUAUUAUUAUAUAAAAAUUAGAAAGCUGGUGGCCACACAGUCACAGGGAAUGCAUACAAUAUACAGAAAGAAAACUCCAAAUUAUAAUAUAGAUAAUGUUAUAAAAUUUGUUUAAGAAUGAGGUUGCGACAGUGUUGUUGUGACAUACGAUUUUAUCAAUAAUAAAUUAUUUUGUGAUCUUUGUAUGAGGCUGUAUAGUACUCAAACUUAUAAACCGAAAUUUAUUUUAAUCC